GCUCUUCAGCACCUCCUUGAACUCUCGCUUGAUUCGCUGCACCGCAAUGUUGGCCAUGUCUCCUCCCGCAGCCGUUUCGCACCCUCCGCCUCCGCCGCCGCCACGACCGCCGCCGCCGCCGCCACCGCCUCCGCCGCCUCCUCCUCCCUCAGUGAGUCAGAGCCGAGCCGGGGAGCCGUGCCGCCGCCGCCGCCGCCGCCGCUCUCUCCUCACAGUGGAUUCACCUCCGCGCCCGGCCACCAAAAUGGCGCUGGGGCCGCGCAUGCGCAUGGCGAGCGCCCGGCCGGGCGGCGCAGCGGCUCUCGUUGUCAGCCCCCAGGAAGCUUCGGAGCCGCGAGCCCGCCCGCCGGCCGCGAGCCUUGGCCUGUGCGCCGCCGCGUGCGUGGGCAGGUCCCGGGCUUCCGCGGCGCGCGCGACCACACCGCCUCCCCUCCCCCUCCCUCCCUCGGAGCGUCCGGCCUCGCCCCCGCCUCAGACCCUUCAGCCGCCUGCUGGCCUUGCCCGGGGGACCUCGAGGCUGCGACCUUGCGGCGGGAAAACUCCCAGCGGAGCCCCCUCCCCGCCGUUCUCCCCGGCCCGGCCCGUACUCUGCGGGGCCCAGGGAGACAUGCGGAGAGGUUGUCCGGAGGACCUAGAAAAGAACCCCCGCAGAGCAGCUCCAGCCGCCCACAAAACCGCGGCCGUCAUUUUUAAUUUUUUUUUUGGAUAAAAUCGGGGGAGCCCUCACAGGGAAUUACGUUCGCCACCCCACCCCCGCCAUCACAAAAGCGCGCUGACGAGACGCGGGCGGGAGAUGCCGCAAAGCUCCCUGAACCGCCUCGGCCAGCCCGUCUGCGGAGCCCCGACGCAAAGCCCGAAACGGCCUGGCAGCCCAAGGCCGAGGCGGCCCGCCCAGCCGCGGCCGCCCGGAGGCUUCGCUGCGCCGGGAUCCGCGAUAUUCCGCAACUUGAGCCCUGGGAGAUGAAGGAACAGCACAGCGGUGGAGGUACAAGGUCAUACAAGGAGAAAAGGGCAGAAUUGAGUGGUGAAUCCCCAUCCUCAUCCUCGGAUGCCAGACCCCGCAGCAAUCCAUAAUAGAAAGAGACACGGGGAAAAGGCCACUUUGCAAAAACUAUUCACACAAUGAAUCAAGCAAUAUGGAAGAGAAAAAGAAAAGGAAAAAGAAGUCUGAAGAGAUUACAGGAAUUGGAGAGAGGCAUGUACGAUGAAUAGGAUGAAACAAUGGACACAAAAAAAGCUUCAGCGAGAAAGUGAGAAACAUUGAAAUGAAAAGGAAAAAAGUAUAGGCAAGUUUCUUUAAUUGCACAUGACAAUAUGGGAGAACUACUAUCUGUCAAAUAUAUUUUCCCCUUUACCUUGGGAAAUACUAAUUUGUCAUCAGUUAAUAUUUUUGGUCUGAGCAGUCAUAGCUAGUUAUAUUAGGGAAUCGCAUUAAUUGUGUCCUUAGGCUAAGGAGAAUCAGUGUGGUCUAGUAGAUUACUAGACUUGUAGGUAGGUUACCUUAUUUAUUACUAGAUAGGUUUACCUUAUUUCUAUGCCUGUUGCCACUAAUUCUUUAAAGACUGGCCUAAAGUAUUAUUUUAUUCUGUCAUAUUCAAAUAUUGUUCUGCUUGAUAUUACUUACUGUGACACUUGCCAUCCUGAUCCCUGCUUCAUUGAAGCUAAAAAUAUUACAUUUACUCCCUCACCCAGGUUUCUGCUGUAUCCUUAGAGAGUAAAGAGUUCACCCUUUAAAGGGGCUGUAGGGGUAUCUCUCUAGGCUCUCUGUCAAUGGUUCUAGAACCCACCAGUGAUGGGUCCUCUGCUCCCCAAGUCCAUUUAACCUCUAAUAGUUGGAUUACCUUUUUGUUGUUGUUGUUAUUUUUGUUCGGUGAGGCAAUUG